AUGCUAUUUGCUCAAAUUGCAGUCACUGCUCUUUUGAGUGUCACAGGAGCCUUAGGGUUGACUUUGAAACAACCUCACGUUGCAUUCCUCUCCUCUGAGAAGAGGCCAGUUGCAUUAAGCCCGGUAUCCCAAAAUUACGAAAAGGCUGUGAGGCCAUUGGUAAUUGAUCGCGCGAACGAAACCUUGGAAUUCAGUUUCUCGCUUGAAACUGAGAAUCGUCCCGAACAAGCGGUUUUUCUUCUGGGUUCCGUACCUCGUAGCGCAGAGAUCAGUUUCGAGCCAAUAAUAAAAACGCAACAAAAUGGGUUCACUUACAGGUUCAAGGUCCCCGUUGAAAAGCUUCCCGAGCCAUUGCUGUAUCUGGCUCUAGAGUCACAGGAGCUUUUGACGGCUACGCUGGUUUUGGCCAAUACAAACGGUGGCUCCGACAACUUAUUUGUGGAGCUAUUCGACUUGAAGUUGGAUUUCGAAGCUGGAAAGGAGUUGUCAUGGCCAGCGAGACUGGAAUCUCAGCCGGAAAUUACGCAUCUUUUCAAGGGCACUCCCAAAACUGCGCCAGCAUGGAUAACCAGUUCCACGAGUAUGGUUGUGGGCGCGUGUUUUGCAGUGCUCCUUGUUGCGUGGAUGUCAAUGGGAAUGUUUUCGGCCGUGAGCCUGCCUCUCUCUAGCUCUAAAACACUUUACGUGCUGGCAUUCAUUGCAUGUAUUGUAGGCAUGGAGUAUGUUUUCGUCCAGUAUUACCUGGGAGCUAGCAUUUUUGUCACGCUGGAGCACGCAUUCUACGUUUGCUUGGGCGGUCUUUUUUCCGGGGCCAAGCUUUUGCAGUCCUUUUCUCAGUGA